GCCAUGUUUGUGAUCAGAGGUGAUUAAGUCUGUGGGAAGCAGGCAGUGAGGUGGACCUUCACACGUCUCCUGAUGAUCAAGAAGCUUUAUUUGAAGCUGUGCGUCCAGCUGCAGACUAACUAGAUGUUGGUGGCUGUGCUGUGACACUGCCUGAGGAUGAGAGUUAACUCUACUUGGGUUUUAGAUUUCAGUCUGACUGCCUACUUUGAUUCUAAUGAUUUGACUUAUUUCUACUUUUCUGUCAUAUUGUUCCUGUAUGUUUUAAUCAUUGGUUGUAACGUUCUGCUCAUCGUGGUGAUCUGUGUGGACAGGACUCUACAUGAACCCAUGUACAUGUUUCUGUGCAGCCUGUUUGUGAAUCAGCUGUAUGGAAGUACAGGCUUGUUUCCCUUCCUGCUGAUUCAGGCUCUCUCUGAUGUUCACACCAUUUCUGCUCCUCUCUGUUUCCUGCAGAUCUACUGUGUUUACACCUAUGUUCAAAUUGAGUUCUGUAACCUGGCUGUCAUGUCCUAUGACCGAUACCUGGCCAUCUGCUUUCCUCUGCAGUACCACUUACUCAUGACUCCUUCAAAGAUCAUGAAGCUUAUUGCGCUAACGUGGCUCUUCCCUCUGAUUGAAAGUGCUGUUGGAAUCGUUGUGAUUGCAUUUCUGCAGCUGUGUGGAAACAUCAUUAACAAAGUUUACUGUGAUGGCUUUUCCAUCGCUAAGCUGUCCUGCUCCAUCUCCACAGACAACUUCUUCAAAGGAAUCGUCUACAUGCUGACAGUCAUCCUGGGGAUUAUCCUUCUGAUCGUCUACACGUAUGUGAAAAUCCUCCGAGUGUGUUUUUCUGGGUCCAAACAGAUCCGGCAGAAGGCCGUCAGCACCUGCACACCUCACCUGGCCUCUCUGCUCAACUUCUCCUUUGGCUGUUUCUUUGAUGUAUUUCAGAGCAGGUUAGACACGAGUGCAGUUCCCAUCAUGCUGCGAGUCCUUUUGUCCUUAUAUUUCCUCACAUGUCAGCCUCUGUUCAACCCUCUGCUUUACGGACUCAACAUGUCAAAAAUACGACGCGUGAUUCAGCUCUUUGUUUUAGGAAAACCGUGAAACAGCUUGUUUUAGUCCUACUGUGUUUCUAAAUAAACCUUUUUGAUGAACUACUUGAUUUUCUGUCAUGUGGAGCUCC